AUGAAUGCGGAGCAGUGCACCCUUUGGUUCAUCAACGCUCGUCGCCGAAGCGGAUGGACCGAAUUCUAUCGCCAAUUUGCCUACGGGGAGAAGGACCGAAUGCGCAUCCUCAUUCAAGCGUUAGAGAAAGACCGCUCCGCAGAGUCCAAGCAUUUGCACGAGAUGUUCGCCAUCGACCACAAGGGACGCCGCGCCACCUUCAUGAAGGUCAACAAGGACGUCAAGGACUGCAUCGCUGCGUUCGAACGCAUGCUCAGCUGGAUCCACCAGGGUGGCCAAGACAGAGUCGGAGAUUGGCUAGAUGAAGUGCUGGCAGAGGCAGCUGCGGAGCGUGCCGCGUUGGAAGCGCAGGGCUUUGACUCCCCACAGGCGCACACUUCUGUUGAAGUAGCGCCUACGCCUGGUCCAACGCGGCCUAUGCGAGCAUUGCCAACUCGUUCAGCC